UCUUCGGGGCUUCCGUAUUUUUUCGAGUUGUAUUAAUCGACCAAAAAGACCGUACGCACUUUGUGGUUAAUCAUAAAGCAGUUUCUGGAAGUAGGCCUAGUCUAGGCCAUUGUUGGCUACCAAUUCGAUUGCAAAUCUCUAGAACAUCUUCCACUGAUUGUUCACCCUUUUCUGUUGCAUUUGGCCUACUACUACAAAAAAAUGUGGUUGUCUAAUUAUUGCUGUCCCCUAUGGAUAAAAGUGAGGUAGGCCACAAACAUAAGCUAGAAAUUGAGUUCGACACAAUGCAUGCGACUCUAGCUUCUCAUUGGUUAUUGGUGUUGAUACGACUCUAUCAAUAUUGUAGACGGGUCUUAUUUUCAACAGACUAUUUUGAUAGGUUCAUAGACAUUAUUGCCACAUUGUAAGCGUUCUGCUCCUCCUACCAGUAUCACUGAGUGCUGUUGGGCGCAGAGGGGGUGAUUAGACUACUGCCUGAGCCAGCGACCACAGCCUGUAAAGGUCUCGCUUUAAACCCGUAUUGCAAACCAAUUCCUGUGGUAAGGAGAGUUAACCUUUGUAAAAUGAUGUUAAGACUAUCGAAGAGGAAAGAUUGAUAAUGUUAGACUGCCCACAUAUUUGUGGAUGGUUUUGAUCAAUCGCUUCGCUUCUAUUUUGACAUAUCGGGCUGUUUAUGUGGAGUGCUUUCAGCUUUACAGGAACCAUCGACAUUCCUUGUUUUGGUGUGGUGCGCAUUUUUAGAAAUGGCAACGGCUCUCAGUGGCCGAAAUCCGGGUGGACGCGGACCAAACCAGCGAAAGGGUCGAAUUUUAGGUAUUAUUGAUGCCAUUCAGGAUGCUGUGGGACCACCCAAACAAGCAGCUGCCGACCGCCGAACAGUUGAAAAAACGUGGAAACUUAUGGACAAAGUUGUUCGUCUGUGUCAGAACCCAAGACUUCUGCUAAAGAACAGCCCACCAUACAUUUUGGAUAUUUUACCAGACACUUACCAGCACCUGCGACUAAUACUGUGCAAAUAUGAGGAGAACCAGAAGCUGACUCAGCUCAGCGAAAACGAAUACUUUAAGAUCUACAUUGACAGCCUUAUGAAGAAGUCUAAACGAGCCAUCCGCCUCUUUAAGGAAGGCAAGGAGAGGAUGUAUGAAGAGCAGUCCCAAGACAGGAGGAACCUGACCAAGCUGUCCCUCAUCUUUAGUCACAUGCUGGCAGAGAUCAAGGCUAUCUUCCCUGGGGGCCAGUUCCAGGGUGACACGUUCCGCAUCACCAAAGCCGACGCCGCUGACUUCUGGAGGAGGUUUUUUGGCGAAAAGACAAUCGUGCCAUGGAAAGUAUUCCGACAGUGCCUUCACGAAGUGCAUCUCAUAAGCUCCGGCCUCGAAGCCAUGGCCCUUAAAUCCACCAUCGACCUCACCUGCAACGACUACAUCUCAGUGUUUGAGUUUGACAUCUUCACCAGGCUCUUCCAGCCCUGGGGCUCCAUACUGAGGAACUGGAACUUUCUGGCGGUGACCCACCCAGGCUACAUGGCCUUCUUGACCUACGACGAGGUCAAGGCCCGGCUGCAUAAGUACAUCAACAAGUCCGGCAGCUACAUCUUCAGACUGAGCUGCACCCGACUGGGCCAGUGGGCCAUUGGCUAUGUCACCAACGACAGCAACAUCCUGCAGACCAUCCCCCACAACAAGCCCCUCUUCCAGGCCCUCAUCGACGGCUGCAGGGAGGGAUUUUACUUGUUUCCUGACGGACGCAGUUACAACCCAGACCUCACGGGCUUGUGUGAACCUACUCCUCACGACCACAUUAAAGUCACACAGGAGCAGUAUGAACUGUACUGUGAGAUGGGCUCCACCUUCCAGCUGUGUAAGAUCUGCGCAGAGAACGACAAGGACGUGAAGAUCGAGCCAUGUGGACACCUGAUGUGCACUUCCUGUCUGACGGCGUGGCAGGAGUCUGAUGGCCAGGGCUGUCCUUUCUGCCGCUGUGAGAUCAAAGGCACGGAGCCCAUCAUCGUGGACCCGUUCGACCCACGCCACGAGGGAGCCAAGUGCUUCUUCCUGGAUCAUUUCAGCUCCCCCCUGAUGGACCUGGACGAGGACGAGGACAGGGAGGACUGUCUGCUGAUGAACGGGCUGGCCUCCAUCAGAAAGCAGUGCGCAGAGCGGCAGAACUCCCCAGUGAUGUCACCUAACUCCUCCCCUGUGAGCCAGCGGAAGAAGACCCACGGCGAGGGAUUGAGUAUCCAACACCUCAGCCUGCCCCCAGUUCCUCCGCGCCUCGAUCUCAUCCAGAAGGGCGUCAUCCGCUCCCCCUCCCCCAGCCCUACUGCCUCCCCCAAGUCUUCUCCAGGGAUGGCCCGGAAGCAGGACAAGCCUCUGCCCGCCCCUCCCCCCCCGCAGAGGGACCCCCCGCCCCCUCCGCCCCCUGAGCGCCCCCCCCCUAUCCCGCCGGACGGACGUCUGUCCUGGCUCCCGCACCACCUCCCCUCCUCCUCCUCCCCCUCCAUCACAGGUCUGCCCUCCGACCCCCAGCUGCCCCACGACUCCUGGUGUCCCAGAGACAGCCUCCUGGCUGACCCUCACAGGGGCGGGGCCGAGCCCCAGCUGGCCCGCCCGGCCCCUUCACACCUCAAUGGAAAACCCCUCAGCUGCCACUCGAUGGAGGCUGGUGGUGGGAGGCCACACACCAGGACGGACAGCCUCGCUGACAGCAGGCCCUACACAAAUGGCCUCCAGGUCUCCGACGAAUAUGAUGUCCCUCCUCUCAGGCAUUCUACUCCCCCACCCGCCCUCGCCAAUAGCCACAAACACCUCAACCCUUUCAUCUACCCUGGCCUGGAUAGGCAGAGAGGGCCGGGCGAGCGUUCUGAGGAUGAGUAUCCCAUCCCUUCGUCCAGCCUGUGCCUGGCCCAGCCUCCUGUCUGCAUAUCCGUCCGCAUUCCCAGCAGGAAUCUGGAGACCAGCUCUCCAGAGCCCUCGUCAGAGGAGAGGAAACCCAAGCCCCCUGAGCAUGGGAGCCCUCUGCCACUCCCCCUUUUCCCGGUCGCUGUACCCUUCCCAUGUUCCUCAGGUGCUCAUUUUGAGCAGGGCCCGUCUCAAUCAGGAGCACCCCACCCCGCCCUCUCCUGCCCCUUCCACAACCGGACGCCCUCAGACUACGACAUCCUGCUCCCUCCUCAAGCAGUGGAAGACCCAUUCAACCAGCACCUUCCAUCACAAUCUCCUCCUCCCCCUCCGCCAGCCAGGCACAGCUUCACAGACCUUCCCUCCUCCUCCCCCUCCCCAGCAAUGUCACGCCCCCCCAGGCCUGCCUCCGGUCAUGACCACUUUCUGUUAACCCCUGGUGAGCUGGCUGACAACAAGCAGUGUUUUGAUCCUUUACAUGGAGACACUGUGUUGGACAUGUUGAGCGGUGCAUCCGCCCUCCCCCCAGUGAGGAGGGACAACUGUAAGGCCCUCUCCAGGGUGGUGCAGGACUACGACCAGCUGCCCUCCACCCCAGACUGUUUGCAGGCGCCCGCCCGCCCUCCAAAGCCCUUCCCUCGGAACCCUCCCCCUGACAUCAGGAAACACCAUGGGCUGGACACCCCCAGUGAGAGUGUGGACGGCAAAAUCGCCAAGCUGAUGGGCGAGGGAUACUCGUUCGAGGACGUGAAGCGGGCUCUGAUGAUCGCCCAGAACAAAGUGGACGUGGCGCGCAACAUCCUGCGAGAGUUUGCCCUGGUGGCCCCCAGACUCAACCUGUAGCCUCUACCAAACGUAGAGAUGGAGAGAGAGUGGUGGUGGUGGUGGGGGGGGGGCGGGGGCAUGCAAAGACACCGUGCCUCUGGGAGCACUAAAACCCACAGGGAGAAGGGCUGCUUCUCCUCCACAUCUCUCCCCACGGAGAUGAUCUGGGAGAAUCUGACGAGAUCUGAUGAAGUUAGUUGUGUUGUGAAAAAAGGUUUGUGUCAUGGAAGACGCACAAAAUGAUCUUGAAGAGGACGGACUCCUAUCAGGGUGGAACAGGGACCAUGAUGGGGUGGGGUCAAUGGGGAUGGGGUGUUGGGAAGUUGGUUGCCUGUGAAUAAUGUUAAUCAAACCUGUGAAGAAAAAAAAAAAAAAAACGUACAUUGUUUACAGCUGGUGAGCUUGCCAGUGCUGGCCUCUGGUGUCUUUAGUGCUUGUCACCCGCCCCCACUCCCCCAACACACAACCCCAUCCCCAGAUAUACAUUGAAAGGUCAGAAUCACACCAGUAAAAUGAAACCUGUGUAUACUCAGUUUUUUACCUUUUUGUUGCUCAUUCCAGCUACAGUGCCAUGUUGGGCUAAACCAUUGUCAUGCUUACAGUCCUUUCCUCUCUCCGACAUGCCUGUCUCCUCCCUGCGUCUCCUCUCUCGCCCCUUACAUCUGUCCAUCUCUUGCUCUUUGUUCCUCUGAGAUAUACAGCGGCAGAGCCCUGUCUGGAUCAGGAGUUCUAGAAACCAGGUUGCCUGGGGCCAGUCUCUUCGAGAUGCUAUUAGGGGCAUUCCUGUCAGAGUUCUGUCUCUCAGUCACUUUCUCACCCUCCAUCCUUUUGUCCAACAGAAUCUCUGAAUGUACACUUGGAGAGGGUGGAAACAAACCCUAGGCUUUUAGUCAUUCCUGGUGUCACUGGACCACAGGCUUUACACACACACACACACUCUUCCUUGAAGGAAGACAACCAAGGUUGAAUGUAUUUUUUCCAUAUGAGAGCUGUACCUAACAUAUCCAGUGAGACCUUGUGACAUCAUUAGUACAUGUUUAUGCUCUUUCCAGAUUAGAUAAGAAAUUUGACCUUGACCUCCUCUGUCACCCCAUCCCCGUUUUUUAUAGUGCCAAAAGGAAGAGACGGACGCCUUAGAGCCAAAACUGCAGAGUAGACUGGUUCUACUUAACAGUGGUGUGUGUGUGUUGGGAUCAGGGGUGCAGAGGUCAAGUUGUUUAAAAUCCUGGGAGACCUGCUCUUGUUUCUCUAAACUUCUGAGGGCACCUAUUAUUACUCAACGUCUGCCAGAAUAUCGUUAUGAACCAUCCUUUUCUUUUCCAGCUGCUUAGCGUCCUCUAUACUACACCCCCGCUCAUGAACACCUGAGGCUUCUCCAUCUUACUGUGGGCACCAGAAUGGAAUAUAGGUGCCAGAAAGACAUACGCUUAACUAUGCUGCUUCCCCCCAUUUUUGAAGUCCAGGUUCAAGUCCCUGUGUCACUUGAGCCACAAGCAGAAUAUGAAGCGUGACUACAAAGUAAUUGCAAAGAAUAUCAGUUCCAGUGCUAUGAAGUGGAAACUAGGGUGAAGUUGCUUAGAAUUGUUCUCUGGGAUUGUUCUCUGUAUCUGAUCAUUAAAAGUUAGACUAGGUAAGGAACAGUGGGGCUAUUGUGUUUUCCAACCAAGAUAAUUCAAACAUCGACAAAUUGCCAUUGUGUCCACAUCAACCUUAGAAUGAAAAAUAGCUUUGCAAGACGUCGAGAGGUCAGGUAUUGACCUUUGAACAUUGAAUGAAAGUGCUCUUAAAAAGAAGGCCUUUAGAUACCAUCACAAAGCUACAUUUAGUUUCUGUCAACUGUUUUUCAUAAAUGUUUAACUUGAAGCUUAAUUUUGCACUGGUCUAUAUAGAUAAUUGUUUUAGGUAGUAGAGGCCUUGGUUAAGUUACAAGGGAUAUUAACUUGUUCCUGUAUUAUUUUCUUUCCUGAGAUUACAUUAGAUAAAAAUGCCACACGGAAACUUGUACAGAAUAGUGAUGUGCAAUUAAUUUAUAUUUUAUAAAACGCCUUUUUAUCAUUUCCAUUGUUCAGUAAAUAAUGUAAACAUUAAUUUGUUCGUGUUUUUUAAUGUUUUAUAAAAGCCAGUAUUAACAUGAAACUGUGCAUAUGUUAUUUAUGCUUUGUGUGCUACAGGUAAACAUUUCUGAAACACAAACAACUCUUCCGGUUGAUUUGUUCACUCUUCUUGAGAUGGCAAAAAAAAAAACUUAUUGCGGGCCCUUCUUUUCAGAGGGUAUGGGAACACCUGGCAAAAACACUUUUCUUCAAACUGUACACUUUAUUCUCAACAAAAGUAGAAAAACAAAAGUAUUUAUUUACAAUACUUGUAUGGCCUUCUCAUCUUACCCUCUUUGGUUUCACUGCUGCCCUGACGGUUGUAAAGGAACUAAAUGCAUGAGAACAAUUUGCCAAUCAAACACAAACCAUCAUCUUGACCAAUAAAAUAGUCCCU